ACUCCACUCCAACUCCACCUAUAAAUUAAUAAAAUCAACUCCAACUCCACUCCAACUCUAGUGAAAAAAAGUGGCAACUCCGGAGUUAACUCCAACUCCGAGUUGGAGUUGCCCAUCUCUGGAAGUCUUGCAGGCUUGGUUUUGAUGAUAUCCAUCAUGAAGCGUCAAUUAAUUCAGAUUUAGCUUUUCCAACAAAUGAGCAUGUUGUUGUUUGAUGAACACUUCUUUCUUCGCUUGAUGGCAACAUGACUUUACAUUUUUCGUGCACCGAAGAGAGAAAGUGUAUAGCUAUCGGCAGCCUGGGAACGCUUGCCAACAUUGAAAAACAGUAUUGAGACCCUGUCGAUGUCCAAACAUAUUCUCGGCAGACGGGCACACUGAGCAUUUAUUACAUAGAAAUGAUUAUCAAUUGAUAUUGAUAACCAAUCUUGUAUUCCGUAGGAAAAAAAAGAGAAUGUCAUUAAGAAGUUGAAACUAAUGAUUAUAGUCUUUAUGAAACUUUAUUUUACUCUUAUAGACAAUCGAAAAUCAACGGAUUUUUGGAUGAUUAUGCUUUUAUAAUACAAGCUUGUAUUGAUUUAUAUGAAGCAAAUCUUGAUGAUGAACUAUUGGUAUUUGCUUAUGAAUUACAAAAACAACAAGAUGAAUACUUUUGGGAUUCAACAAAAAACAGAUAUUUAAGUACAGAUGGUAAAGAUUCUUCAAUUAUUUUACGAUUAUCUGAAGAUCAUGAUGGAGCUGAACCAUCGCCAAAUGGUGUAUCGGCACUUAAUUUACUUCGUCUUAGACAUUAUUUUGAUGAUUCGUCGUUAGAAGAUCGUCUUCGUUUGAUGUUUAAAUCUUAUGCUCGUCAAUUAAAUAAAUUACCAAUGACAAUGCCAACAUUGAUUCGUUGUUUUGAUAUGUAUACUCAUGGUAUGAAUGAAAUUAUAAUUCAAUCACCUAAUCAAGCAGAAAUUCACCGUAUUAUUCAAUAUAUUCAAGCAUCAUAUGUACCCAAUAUAAUAUUAAUUCAUAUGAAUAAAACUAACAAUAAACUUCUUCAAUAUAAUAAACAAUUAAAAUCUUUUAUUGAUGAAAACAAUGAAGAGACAAAAAUUUUUCUUUGUCGAAAUUUUCAGUGUCAAUUACCUGUAACAUCUUUUGAUGAAUUUAAAAAAAGUUUUGAUCCUUUAAUUUUAAGAUAUGAAUAA